CAUGAGACGGGAAGUGCCCAGGUCCCCUCAUUGACUUGCCAGUCUUACACGCGCAACAUCACCAGAAUGAGUGACGUAGUGACGUAGUGACUUCAAGAGCAAUCAGCUGCUGGGAGUGUCAGCGGACUUAACUACAAUCAGCUGACAGUUGCACCCCGGAUUCCUGCGUCCGACUGUGCGCAUGCCGAGCGGAAUGGACACCAAGCCGGACCAGCUUCUGUCUCUGUUUGUUCAGCCAUGGAGCAAAACCUACAAAUUCUCAUGCAAAGAUGCUUCAGAACUAGUGGCCAAAGAAACAAUGGCAGAAAGCCAGUACUCAUUCAGGAUACCUGCUAGUCUGAUAGAGCUGCUCAUGGAAGAUGAAAAUCAGUUGCUGGAUGAGAUGAAACAGCUGGAUGCCUUGGCACCUCCAUACUGCACACUAGUUCAAGAGGCAGUAGUUCGUCAUGAGGGACUGCUUUUGUCUUAUUCCCGUGCCAGGGAGACACUGAAGACGCAUUCUG